ACGUCGAUGACAAGCUCGUAGCAUCGCGACUGUCAGUACGUAUCAAUCAUCCGUACUGCGAUAAUGGAAAACUCGCUCCAUUAUCCUGAUACCCGCGACGAGCCUAGGCUGUAUAAUCAGAAUUACAAAAAUGAUCUUCGAGCCAAUAUGCGACUGAAUGUCUGGGUCAUGAAGAUAAUCGGUACAUGGCCGCUGAGACAUUCCUGGAUAGAAACACUGUGGUACAGAGCGCUGAAUGUCAUCUGCUACGUGCUACUGGGUUUUCUUCUAAUUCCCAGCGGCAUGUUCAUCGUCCUGGAAAUCAAGGACUUCUACAACCAAUUAAAACUCGGCAGCGCUCUCACCUUCUUCUUCAUGGCCGUUUUGAAGUACUGCGCCCUGCUUCUGCGGGAGGAGGACAUACGUAGAUGCGUCGAUUACAUCGAGGAUGACUGGAGAAACGUAAAAUACACGGACGAAAGGAGGAUGAUGCUGGAGAACGCGAACUUCGGCCGUCGAUUAGCGGUCGUCUGCAGCUGCUUCAUGUACGGCGGUGUCUUGUUCUAUUUCGUGGCGGUGCCGUUAACUCGCGCGAAGACCGUCGAAGAGGAUGGCAAUCUCACCUAUCGUAGGCUGGUGUUUCCAGUGCCCAACGUGAUCGUCGACACCCGUCGUAGUCCCGUCAACGAAAUCUUUUAUUUCAUCCAGCUAUUUGCUGGUUUUAUCAUCCACAACAUCACGGUAGCCUCAUGCGGCUUGGCAGCCCUCCUCGCGACGCAUGCUUGCGGACAGCUGCAGGUGCUCAUGUCCUGGAUAAACCAUCUAGUUGACGGUCGUGAAGGCGUCAACGAUACCACGGACGAGAGACUGGCUAAUAUAAUACAAUUACAUGUGCGCAUCUUGAACUUCAUAUCGCUAACAGAGGAAUUGUUGCAUGAAAUAUCUCUGAUCGAAGUUGUGGGAUGUACAUUGAAUAUAUGUUUUCUUGGAUAUUAUUGCAUGAUGGAAUGGGAUUUUAAGCAACCUGUAAGCGGCUUAACAUAUUUGAUACUCCUCAUUUCGCUAACAUUCAACAUAUUCAUAUUUUGUUACAUAGGCGAACUUUUAACGGAACAGACUGUAAAAGUACGUGAGAGCUCGUACAUGAUCGAUUGGCACCGGCUUCCGAAAACGAAGAGUCGUGCCGUAAUCUUGAUAAUAUGUAUGUCCAACGCAACCACCAGACUGACUGCCGGAAAUAUAAUCGAGCUGUCCAUCAGCAGCUUCGGUGACGUUAUCAAAUCAUCUGUCGCUUACUUGAACAUUCUACGAAAGUUUACUACAUGAGAAAGUACGAUUUGAAAUGGUAGUAUUCAUCAAAUGACAUUAAAUCCUUCACGAAACUACAGUAAACUUUAUACGAGUACGUUUAUUCAAUGAAUCUUGAUACUUGCGCUCCGAAUAAAACAGUCGAAGUAUGUAAUAUUGCACUUUUUCAAUUAUUACCUGGUACUAUUUGGAGAUUAGACUUGUCUUCUCAGAUAGUAUCAUUAGAUACGCGCACUUCAGUUAUUUAAUAUAUUAAUAAACUAUUGA